CAUUCGACCGUCUCUGGCUUUGAGUGAAAAUUAUGGCCGACGCGAUGCAGACGGAGGAUUUUCCUUACCUGCCUUCGGGGCCGGCGGAGGUAAAUAAGCUGAUAAAGGAGCACGGCGACCUGUUUUCCGACUCCCAGUGUAAAGUCUGCAGUGCUGUCCUCAUUUCGGAGUCUCAGAAGUUAACUCAUUACCAGAGCAAGAAACAUGCCAACAAAGUGCGGCGUUAUCUUUCCAUCCAAACUGAGAAGGAGCCAGCGCUGAAGAAGUUCAGGUCGUCGUCCGAUAGUGACUGUAACAACGGAGACACCGACCGUUCGAAGGUGUGUCAUGUGUGUAACAUGACCUUCUCCUCUGCCGUGGUGGCCGAGUCCCACUACCAGGGCAAGGUUCACGCCAAGAACCUAAGGCUGAAAACCGUCGGCCCCCAGGCCCCAGCUGUAGCCUCCCAAACACCACCACCACCACCACCACCACCAGUCCAGCCCAAGAAGAAACCAGCCGACGAUUCGAGCGGCGUGCCGGCGCCGGGCGGCAACAACAACAGCAACAGCAACCCGGACCGGUUCUGCUCCAUCUGCCAGGCCUCCUUCAACAACCCGCUCAUGGCCCAGCAGCACUACGUGGGCAAGAAGCACAGAAAGCAGAUGACCAAGCUGAAGCUGAUGGAGACGUACGGCCCCUCCACUGCACCGGCUUCCACACUAAAGGGCUACCCGUGCACCGUCUGCAGCAUUGAGCUGAACUCGGUGGAGCAGUACCAGUCUCACAUCAGCGGGGCCAAACAUAAGAACCAAGUGAAGAAAUCGGGCCUGACCCCCGCAGAGACCCAAGACCCAGCAGAGCAGUCGUACGAGGGCGACAACCAGUACGCCGGCGGACACGAGCAGUUCCCUGCAGCGGACGAGCAGUACCCCCCCGCCGACGAGCAGUACCCCCCCGCCGACGACGCGCAGUACGCAGCCAGAGAUAACCAGUACGCCCCCGGAACACAGUACUCAGAGGAGUACCAGUUCACUGAGGGCUGGGCUGGUGCGGAUGCAGAGGUUUCAGUCAGGACUUGGAAUGACACGCAACAAACCCCCCACCCCCACCCACCCACCCACCCUCUUUUUUAACAUAUAACAUCAGCUCCACUUUCAGUAGCCCCCCCCC